AUGUCAUUCUUUAAGAAGAUUGCAAAACAUUAUGUUGCAUCUGAAGCAAUUGUUCAGGAAGGAAGAUUACAUAAAUCAGUUAUUGAACAUGGUAGUUCAAAUGAAGAUGAAAAAUUAGGUAAUGUUAAUGUUGAUGUUGAACCUGUUGAUUCUGAUGAUUCAACAGCCACCUAUACUUACGUCGACUUAUCUUUACAUUUAACUCCAGAAGAAAUUCAUUAUAGGGAAACUUCAAAGUGGUUUAAAUUUAAAAGAUUUUUAUGGGAUGGUGUCGGAAGACAUCCAAAAGAACAAACUUAUCUAUUAAAAUUAGACUUUUUCUUUUUAAGUUCUGCAUGUUUGGGUUAUUUUAUUAAGAAUUUGAAUCAAACUAAUGUUACUACUGCUUAUGUUAAUGGUAUGGAAGAAUAUUAUGGAAUGUAUAAUAAUCAAUAUAAUUAUGUUACUACUGCUUUCACUGUUGGUUAUAUUAUUGGCCAAAUUCCUUCCAACUUGAUUUUACAUCGUUUAAAGGCAAGAUAUUAUUUAGGUACUUUGGAAAUCAUUUGGUCCAUCUUAACUUUAUUAAUGAUCACCCCUGGGAAAGAUAAUAUUAAAAGUAUUUAUGUUUUAAGAUUUUUUAUUGCCUUAUUUGAACUGGCUUUCUUUCCAGCUUUUGAAUAUUUAGUUGGUUCCAAUUAUAGUACUGCAGAAAUCUCUAAAAGAUCAGCAUUCAUUGCCAUCUCAGGUGUUCUUAGUAGUAUUAUAUCGGGUCCACUUCAACAAGCUAUUUUAAAGAGAUUUGCCCAUUCUGGAAUCCCUCCAUUCAAAUGGAUGUUUAUCUUUGAUGCUAUCAUUAGUUUUCCUAUUGGGAUAUAUACUUUCUUUGCUAAUCCAAACACCCCAUCAACUACAGAUGUUUGGUAUUUUACUCAUGAGGAUAGAUUGGUUGGUUUAGAAAGAAGAAAAAAUGCCAAAGCUCAAUUGAAUACUAGGGUACCUUAUUCCUGGAAAAUUAUUAAAGAAUUUUUUAAUACUUGGCAUAUAUAUGUCUUUCCAUUAAUGUUCCUUGCUUAUAACAAUACUUGUUCAGCUAUCGGAAAUCCAACUUUUCAAUUAUGGUUGAAAGAAGAUUUACAUACAUCUUCUUAUGCUUAUAAUACGUGGCCAUCAGUUGUUUUUGCUGUAGGUGUUGUGGUAACGGUUUUCAUUUUCUAUACCAAUGAUUUCUUAGGAGGCAAAACCAAUGUAUACAUUGUUAGUCUGUACUUCAUUCUGCUCACUCUUGGUUGUAUAUUCUUGGCUAUAUGGGAUAUCCCUGUCGGUCUUCAUUGGUUUUCAUAUUUUUUGGUUGGUGUCCCUACUGCUUAUGGUCAACCUGGUAUUGUAUCAUGGAUGAAUAGAUUGUUAUUACAUAAUGAUAUGAAAAGAAAUUUUGUCAUUGUGUGUACUAAUACUUUAGCGUAUGUCACUGGUGCCUUUGUACCUAUUUUUGUUUGGAAUACAAACUCUGCUCCAAGGUAUUUCGUUGGUUUCACUUAUACAGCAGUUCUUGCAACUGUAGGUUUGAUUUUGGUUUUAUUAGCACAAUAUUUAGCCUUGAGAGAUGAAAGUAGAGCUAAAGAAAAAGAUGCUGAAUCUGAGGAACAAAAUUUCUCUCCAAUUGCUGUUAACCAAAAAGAAUAA